CUAGUUGAAUGGGUUCAAACAGCAUGUAACAAGUAAAGUCAUAUGCUACUUUGAUUUAUUCAUGUGGAUUUUAACACCCAGGAUGAUCUUUGAUUGAGAGUUUAGUGAUGGCGUGGAGAAAAUACGCAAAACACAGAGAAAGGGGAGAACCAGGGAGUCUGUGUUCCGCGCCAUUGAAAUGCAAAUAUCAGUGAGGAACAAGAAGAGGUUGUGUGUCUCUGUUUGUGUGUGCUUGCAUAGGGGAGCGGGGGAGGUGUGGCGCAAGUUUUGGACAGCGAGAGAGACUACUUUAGGAAAACAGCCACACACGCACUCUCCGCAGCUCAUAUGACGGCGCAUUUAUAGGGAUUUAUGCCCCUCUUUGAUUUCUUCCAUGCAAGGGACCAACGAGCUAUACUGUUGUCUAGAUGCCAUUUAGAAAUUCAAAAGUUCCUGAAAUGUGAGUUUGGAUUCUGGAACGUGAAGCCUACAAGUGCGUAAAGUGGCCAGUGUUAUUUAUUCGGCGAAUGCCCCCCUUCUCUCAGUCUCCUCGUGAAUCAUGUCACGCCGGAAGCAGAAACGACCGCAGCAGCUCGUUAACUCGGACCAGGGGGGCACGCGGAUACUAUCGCACGACUACCAGCUGUUAGCCAAGUCACCUUCCUCGUCUCUGGGCUCCGAACUGACCUUCUCUGGGUCCUCAUCGUCGUCCCCCACCUCCCUCGAAGAUCACCGGCCCCCCCUGGCCCCUCGGUCGUCACCUGGGGGUCUCCACGGACCCUCCCUCCCCAGUGAGAGCUCUUCGCCCACCCACUGGUCCAGCCACAUCGCCCCCUAUACCAUCACCUCCCUCCCCAACACCCAUUCAUCCCUCUCUCCAGACUUCCCUCACCCCUCCUUAUCCUCGCAGACGCAAUCCCUGCCUCUCAACCUCAAUCAGACAUCGGGCCACUGCCUCUCCCAUCAGGCCCACUCCCAUACCACUAUGACCUCACCACAGAUGGGCAGCUCUGCCACCACCACCACCACUACUACCUCCUCCUUGUCUUCCUCCCUCCCUCCCCUGCAGGAGAGCACCAGUCCUGGGCAUCAGAAUGGCUCCAGCCCACCGGUGCCGGGGCUAGGCCAGAUCCAGGUACCCCUGACCCUGUCUGUGCUCCUGGAGGAGCUGAGGGUGCUGCAGCAGAGGCAGAUCCACCAGAUGCAGAUGACUGAGGAGAUCUGUAGGCAUGUUCUCCGGCUAGGAGGUGCCAUCUAUACCCAAGACACCUCCCAGGCUGGUAGUGGAGAGAACCACCAAAGAUCCACAGCAGGAUCCCCCUCCCCAACACACCAUUCCUAUUCAGCCCCUGUCCCAUCCUCGGCCUCCCCUCUCUUGGCCUGCCUCCCCUCCCUCCUCCCUCAGCCCAUUGUCUCCAAGCCCAGCCUCUCCUCUCACAGUAAUGGGACCAGAGCAUCACACUCUACCUCGCCCUCCACCACUUGGAGCUCCUCGAUAGCAUCCUCCGUGCAUCCUCUAUCCCUGAGUCUGCCCCCGCGCUACCUCCAUGAGAAAUCCUCCAACACCUCCCCGUUCGGCCACAGUAACGGGGUUGGCUUCCCCACCCCGCCCCUCCCCACCACCAGCCACUCCCAAGACCACCUGCUGCUGUCCAGCUCCUCCUCGGCUGGGUCCUCAUCUGCAGUGCGUCCACAGCAUGCUUGUAAGUUUUGUGGUAAGGUCCUGAGCAGCGAUUCCUCACUACAAAUCCACCUACGCUCCCACACAGGGGAGAGGCCCUAUCUUUGUCCCGUCUGCCUCAGCCGUUUUACCACCCGCGGGAACCUCAAGGCCCACUUCCUGCGCCACCGUGAACAGAACCCGGAACUGUCGCUCUCGUUGCUCCCUCCGGCUCUGGAGCAGCCCGCCCCCGUCGCCACCACCGCAGGCCAGAGACGCAGGAAGCGCCGGGCGGAAGACGAGGAGCCGCCGUUCGGUGGCGUGAAAGGAAUGACAGAAGGAAUGGCGCUCAGUUUCCUGUCCGGGGCGUCUCCUCGGCCUUCCCCUUCAUCUAUGCCUAUGCCACCCAGUAUGGACAUGGCUCUGUUGUCCACGGCUCACUCCCUGCUACAGCUAAAUAGGGCCUCCGCUGCAGCAGCCAGCGCCUCGAGUAGUGUGUUACCUUCAUCAUCAUCAUCCUCCUCAUCCUCCAUGGGUGGCCAGUUCAAAGGGGUGAAGCAGCAGAGGUUUGAUGAGAACACCCCUCCACACCCCACCAUCCAUCCAGGCUCUCCCUACUCCCAGAUGGCCCACUUCCCCAAGAUUCUCUUCCCUGGAGGACCCUCACCCCACCACCUUGCCCUCCUCUGUCCCCCAGGGUCCCAUACCACUGCCUCUCAUCUCACCUCCCCCCACACCCAGCUCCCCUACCCUCCCUACUCCAAACCCCAGACGUCCUCGUCCUCCACAACCUCCUUCACCCAAACCUCCGACACCUCAAAGUUGCAGCGGCUGGUCAUGAAACUGGAGAAGCAGCACCAGGGAGGGGGCCAGUCGUCCUCCUUUGGCCCAGCAGACAGCUUUUUCUCAAACAGGGACACCCACGACCUGACCACAAACUCCUACCGCAGGGAGAUGAUGGCAGCCCUGGGCCUCAACCCCAACCCUGGGGCCACGGUGAGCAGCAACAGCCAGGCACAGGAUCUCCCUGGAUCCACCAAUCCCGCCCUGUCUCCUAAUCAGUGUGGGGUGUGCCUGAGGGUGCUCUCCUGCCCCAGGGCCCUGAGUCUCCACCAGGCCACCCACCUGGGUGAACGCCCCUUCCCCUGUAAGCUGUGUGGACGUUCCUUCUCCACUAAGGGAAGCCUGAGGGCCCACCUCGCCACCCACCGUGCCCGCCCGGCCAACUCCCGCACCCAGAACUCCUGCCCACUGUGCCCGCGCAAGUUCACCAACGCCCUGGUGCUGCAGCAACACAUCCGUAUGCACCUGGGGGGUCAGAUACCCCCGGGGGGAGAGGGGGAGGAAGGUACAAAUAUGACCCAAGAAGAUCCCACUGAUCUGAGUCUGCUGACCACACACUCUCGAUCCAAACCCUGCCUCCAAGGCCUCCACCCCCUGGCCUUAACAAUGACCAGCAUCAUCCCUAACCCACUUGUCAGCAACAUGAACUCAGGAGGUUCAGCGACCAAGGAAUCCCAUGCAGCUGACCCGAUCCUCCAUAUAGAGGGGGAGUCUGAACCCUCCACGGCCAGCAUUAGCCCACCUCUGACCCAUAUUCCCUCCCCAGAAGACCCCAUGCUCCUGGGGGAAAGAUCCGAGUCUGACGACGGCCCCGCUGGAGCCUCCAUAGAAGACUCGCAAGACUCCCCAGCUGACCUCUCUAACACCAGCCCAAGUAGGCGACCAUCCUUGACCAGCUCCCAGCCCGCCUCUGUGGUGGAGGGUGAUGUAGAGGUGAAGGAAAAUGUCCACAGACCGGGUGUGGAUUCUGAUAUUAGUAGGUCAGGAAGGCUCAUUAACAGCUCUAGGUCGACCACAGAGAACCAGACCAACUCUCCAGAUGGACAACUCCUCAGCCUUGAAUCUGAAUCCACCCCAAACUCCCCUGCCAACCUCAACCCCUCCCCCACGCUCACCCUCCCUGCCAGCCAUAAAGCAGCCCAAGAGCCAGCCCCCCAGGCCUCCAGUAUCACCCCACAGGAGCCCAGCCCUGAAGGGGAAAUGGCCCCAUCUGAAGGGGAGAGCGAGGGCACAGCACCCAGUGAUACCUCAUCAGUAAUGGAGCCUGAGAGUGAGAAAGUGACCCCUAGCUCCACGGAGGAGAGCGAUAGGGCUCCAGAGGAACCAGAGGCUUCCCAGCUAGCCACCCCAGCAUCAGCGCCCUCCAAACCCUACUCCUGCACUCUGUGUGGGAAGGAAUACGCCAGCCGCAGUGGAUUAAAGGGACACAUGAAGACACACCCUGUGUUGACGAACGUCCCCGCCGAGACUUCUCCUCCCGCCACCCUGACCAAUGACACUGUGGAGGAUCAGAGUUCUCUCUCAGCCAAUGGGAACAGUGGAGAGCAGGAUGAAAAGGAACGGCUGGCCAAAUCUCCUGAGAAACUCGUUACCUUAGAAGAUCAGCCAAUCACUGCUGGUUCUGGGGAGGAAGCAGAGCAACCUGCGGACACUACUGAGUAAAACGGCAUAUGAUUGGCUGCUGAAUGGUGUCAGUCAAUUUAUUUUUUUAUUAAAGGCCCUGACAAGGGAAUGUAUUUUCAUCAUAGAUUUAGAAUUGAUUCUAUAAAGAUUGAUUCUUAUUCUGUGUAAUUUUGCUAUUAGUCAGUUGGGUCUAUUUUGUCUAAUAAAGUGUUAGAUUGUUGUGAAGUACUAAUUCAUUCAGCAUCUCGGCAUGGUUACGAUACCACUAUCUCAAAGAACACGAAGAGGCCUUAUUUGACGAUACGAUUUCACAGAAUUCUCUUGUAGUGUAACGGCACACAAUGAAGUUUGUGUGUUGGAUCACAAUAGAAUAGAUAAGCAGGGAUGUAUGUUUUAGAGAGCAGCUAGUUCUAGUGAAACAUAUGAAUGAAAUGGCUAUUUGGAAUGGGAAUGAA